AUGAAUCCAAGUUUGCUUCAUGAUCCUGGGGCCAGAUGUUUAGGUCCAAUAUCUCAACAAGAAACCCCUCCUAUAAGCUCUUCGUUACAGGACCAGGACAACAAAGAAAAUGUUAAUCCUAACCAUCCAAUUCAACAGGGUGGAGGAGAUCCAUCUAGUGACAUAAAAGAUGAUGACGCAGAUGAUGCCUGCAUCAGCGAGGAAGAGGCUAUUGAGGGAAAUUUAAAGAAGAUAUCGUUAGAGGCCACUGACAAAAGCAAAUUUGAUCCUAUAACAUUCCUUAAAUUAAAAGAAGAGAACAUACGAAGAAUACUGAAAGAAGAGCUAGCCAAAAGAAGAAGAAUUAAAUUUUAUCUAACAUUACAAGUUCGAUUUACUAAGACCAGAGGAGAUCAAGUGGAAACUGCUGAGCCCUUUUUUCAUGGACUCUGUCACAUUGUUUUCAAAGAAGAAGACAUUGAAACUGCCUUAAGAGAGAGUAUUAUGAAAUGUGUAAACUCUUUUCUUGAAUACCAAAGAGAGGGUAGUAACUGGACGCUGGGCAAGGUUCUGGGAGUCAACAUUCAUAUCAUCCAAUAUGACCCGAUAAAAGGUUCAAGUUAUCUCCCAUUACCAUCAAAACUUGCGAACAAAAAGGCAAUCAUCAAUAUUCAAAAUUCUGAUCAAAAAUGUUUCAUGUGGUCAGUGAUAGCUUCCCUCUAUCCAGUGGCAAAGGAUCCUCAGCGCGUCAUCCAGUAUGUUCAGUACGUAGACAAACUUGAUUUCACCGAUGUUCCGUUUCCUGUCAAAAUUGGAGAUAUUCCCAAAUUUGAAAAGAAAAAUCAAAUAUCCAUUAACGUCUUUGGCUUUGAAAAACAAGAAAUAUUCCCUCUUCAUUUAACGAAAGAAAGGGGAUUACGUCACGUGGAUCUUCUUGUUAUCAACAAAGGAACUCGUAAUCAUUACUGUUUGAUUAAAGAUUUCGAUAGACUUCUUAAUGACGGUCAAAAAGGAAAUCAGUUGUUUCAUUGUCACUACUGUCUUCAUGGAUUUACUAAAAAACGUCUCCUUCAAAAUCAUGUGAUCUAUCGUCAAGUACACGGUGCUCAACGAACGAAAAUGCCCACAGAGGAAGACAAAUGGCUAAAGUUUACCGAUAUUUCCAAGCAACUCAAGGUUCCGUUCGUGGUUUAUGCUGAUUUUGAAAGCAUUCUUGAAAGACAUUAUGGUUGUCAACCAGAUCCUAACAAGUCGUCUACCAUAAAACUAGCGAAGCACGUUCACUCCGGUUUUACGUAUAAAGUUGUUGGAGUCUCACCAGAAACAACAGAGAAUCACGUUACAUACCGUGGCGAGGAUGCUGUUGAAAAGUUUAUGGAUCACAUGGUGAAACUCGAAGAAAAGCUUGUAAGCAUAUUACGUAAUCCAAAACCUAUGAAUCUUUCUGAUCAAGAGUCUGAAAGUUUCUUGAAGGCAACUCAUUGUUGCAUCUGCAAAGAUCAACUCGGAAAUGACACUGUACGAGAUCACUGCCACGUUACUGGAAAAUUUCGAGGUGCUGCUCAUAGUUCCUGCAAUUUAAAUCUUAGAUUAAGAGAGAGAAUACCUGUGUUCUUCCACAAUCUCAAAGGUUAUGAUGCUCACCACACCAUGAGUGUUAUCGGCAAAUAUAAACACAAAAGGAUUAAUUGUAUUCCUCAAAACUAUGAAAAGUAUAUAGCUUUUUCGUUAGGUAAUUUGGAUUUUGUAGACACUUUUCAGUUUAUGUCCACAUCACUUGAAAAACUCUCCAUCAAUCUUGCAAAAGAAUGAUUGCAUAAAUUUCCCCAUCUUGAAGCGUACGUCACGUUCACUCACCCGGGAAAUAAACAAAUGAAACUACAGCUGCUAAGCAGAAAAGGAGUUUACCCAUACAGAUACAUUAACUCCUUUAAACGUUUUGAAGAAAAAGCCCUUCCACCUCAAAAAGCUUUCUUUAAUGAUUUAGAUGGCAAAACUGUUUCCGAUCAAGAAUAUUUUCAUGCGCAGUUGGUUUGGGACGUGUUUAAAAUUCAAGACUUAGGUCUAUACCAUGAUCUGUACAUGGAGACUGAUGUAC